GCGACCAUCUUGUCAAAACUGGAGUCGGUGACAACAAAAUAAAAUAUUGUAAAAUGUCCUAAAUCGCUUGUAAUGACAUAACUUUAGUUUUGUAUUAGUGAAAGUAUUGUGUAUAGUUCUCGUCGGUGUUAUUUUCGACUCGUUCACUAUACAUUUUUGCUCAAUAAUUCGGGUUUUUGUUGCGUCAAAUGACGUCAUGUAUGUGAUUAUACACGUAUCGCUGCUGACGAGUUUAUAGGACAUAAUGCAAGAACAGGACGGAGACGGGGAGCCGGCGCAUCACGCGCGGCGUCCCAUGAACGCUUUUCUCAUCUUCUGCAAGAGACAUCGCAGCGUCGUUCGCGACAAAUAUCCCAACCUUGAAAACAGAUCAAUAACGAAGAUCCUCGGCGAGUGGUGGGCCAACUUGGACAAAGAGGAGAAAGCCUGCUACACUGGUCUUGCAAAACAGUACAAAGACGCGUUCUUCAAUGCCAAUCCUGACUUUAAGUGGUACAAGCUGCCUGCUCCACCACUGCGUACACUAGCAUCACGGCCGCGCGAGCUCGACCGCGCCCCGCAGCCCCCGCCGCACUCCCCCCCGCAGUACCUCGAACCCGACCCAGAGCGGACUAACAACAACUCCACGAAAUUGGACCUUAAUAAGAAGUCACGCGAACACGCCGCGGCGGCUGCUCUAGCUGCUGUAGCCAAGCCUCCGCUUUCAAUGUUCACCCCGGGCAAGCUGGCUGACGAAUCAAACAUGGGUGGCCUAAGCCGGCUCCUUGACGCCGCCGCCGCUCAAUCCCGCACACCCAACCCGUACUACUCCCCGACUCCGUACAGGGUCGACACGAUCUCACUCUCCGACCGUCGAUCUCACGCCCCCGACUCCUCCACACCAAACAAGGAGGACACCAUUCGUGAUCUCCAGAACGCUCUCUCUGAGACCACACGAGUAUUCGAAGACUUCGACGAGAAUAAAGAACGCAUGUACAACCACGGUCAAGCGGCUGGUGAUAUAUUCACAAACCAGGACGUCAUUGAUCAGAUCGUUGACAAGCGAUAUUCCGCCGAGGAAUACUACCAGAGGAACUGGUCGGACGAUGAGAAGAUGAGAUCUGGUCGCUCGUGCAAGGGAAAACGGUACCAGGAGUUCAUGGCACAUGGGGGACUAAUAGUAAACAAGCGCCAGCGGAGAGAUGGCCCAGAUAGGUCAAUCGAUGAAGGUUACUCCGCCUCCUCCAGCUGGGAUAACGGCAGGAGUGAGGAGUCUACUUCCACUACUGAAGACUCAAAGCAAAGCUCCGCCGAGAUCGAGAGCGAACCGAAACCAGAGCAGAUGGACAUGGCCGACCAGGACAAUAACGCCACGAAGACGUUCAAAGCCGCCGACUUCGACCUCGAUGCGAAGAUCGCUGCGCUGCCUUCGCUCAGUCUCGAGAAAUUCCAGCAGAAGAAGCGCGAGAACAAACGCAGGAAGAAGACGAUAAACUUGAAGCCGAAGGUGCAGGGGUCCUCGCACAUAGUGAACUCUGCUGCCGCACACGCGGAGCGACGUGAGACUGCGGAUGGUUGGCGCGAGACCGUCAUCGGCAGCCAGAAGCGCAAGCCCCGUAAGAUCAGCAUUACACGCUUCGAGAUUAACAGCCUGGUGGCAGCGACCGAGCAGCAGCAGCAUCAUCGCACCCCUGAAUUGAAAAUAGCCACGGAGGCGCCGGGAGGAUUAGCUCUCUGCGGUCGCGCUGAUCUCCUGGCGUUGGCCACACUUGCCGAAGUGGCCGCCAGUACAUCAAAGCUCUGCGACGCCCCCGCCGUGGCCGAACCCGACCACUUCUCCGCCAAAUCGAGCGACGAAAACGCUUCCAUGGUAUGAGAUACCGACUAGCCUUAACGAUAUUCCAAAAAUUAUUUACUUUAGAAUCAAAUAAUAUUUAUAUACAUAGAUCUACUUUUACAUUGUACGCAUAAAGAUAUGAUUGUUCAUUUUAAAAAAUUAGUUUUUAUAAACUUAGAGAUAGAUUUUAUUUAUACUGAGAUAGAAGGGAAUAUUAUAUAUCAAUAUAAAUAUAUAUUUAUUUAGCUAGUUAUGUAGUCUGCUACAUUCUGCUUCUUUAGGUCUUUGAUAAUUAAUAUAGGGGUGAUAGAUAAGUUAGAUAGUAUUUGGUAUCACACUAAUAAAUUCAAGGCAUAAUGUAUUUAAGAAACUCAAAUAAUUUGCUGUGGAAGUAUAAAAUUAAAUAUAUAACACCAAUUGAAUACUAUACAUAUUAAGUCGUACUAAAUCGACCAUCACAUUGCAUCGUUAAUAUUAAAGUAUGCCAAACAUACAUAAGUCAUUUGAAUACAAACCUCAUUUUUGUAUUAACUUUAGGUUAUUUGAAUCGCCUUAAUAGUUUAGAUUGUAACAAAUCAUAACCAAGACACCACAUGCAUAGACUGCGUUGCAUUUUUACGGUGAUUGUUUCGUAUUCAACACACAAUUGCAAUGUUUUUUGCAAUUUAUCAUUUACGUAGUUAUAUAAUAUAUUAUAAUGAAGUAUAUAAGUAUAUGUUGUAUACACGAUUUUGUACUCACGUGGUUAAUUCACCGAAUUUUAAAGGUGUGGAGAUGUUACGAGCCACAAGUGUAUUUGUGAACAUUUAAAUAUGUUCGGUUUACAUUGUUUAGUCAUUUUAGCUCGAUGCGAGUCAGACUCGCUUUUUUGUGAUACGUCUGUUAAUUAUUAUAGAAACAUAAAAACUAUUAUUUUUCCAACUACAUAAUGCAAAUUUAGACCUUCUGGACUUUAAAUGUCAUAAGUAUUAUAAUUAAUUUUCUUUAUGAAACAAUUUGUGCUACUUUCACACUAAAGAACAUUUUAGGGUCCAAUGAAAUAAUGUUUUGUUAACCACUGAAAAGGUAAAUUCAUCAUGUACAAACUUUCUUGUCCCCGUCAGGUACCUGAAGAAAUUAUAUCUAUUUUUCAUGAGUUUCGCCUAAUCAUGCAAUCAUUUUUUUUAACUUAGUUGAAUGAAUUUUAAGUUCGCUUAUCGUUACUUCUUUUAACGGAGCAGUGUUUCUCAAAUUGUUAAUUUUGUUUGUUAAAGAAUUGUUAUGAUUUCUGUGAUUUUUCUAUCUUUUAAUAAUAAAAUUAUAUUUUGUUAUUGCGUGGCGGUGGCGUUCGCGAUCAGGGUAAACGGGUCUCACCUUUAGGAUUAUGUUGCAGUUGAGUGUCUCCUUUAAUAAGCAACGAAAUAGAAUAUAAUUUUCGACGCCCUCGGCGGCCCGACUGGGCGCUGGAUGAGGAAGUCCCGGGUUCGAUUCUCAGUAGGACCGAACUGGAAAAUAAGUUUUUCUAAAUUGGUUCUGAUCUGGUGUUCUGGGAAGUGACUUAGAGUUAAUUCCGAUGCUCUGGUACUCAUGUUGUACAGUACAGACAAUUGGUAUGUCUGGCACAUUAUUAUCUUUAUCGUCAUCAAAAAAGGUUAAAAACCCCCUUCCUUUCAUUCCGUACUAAUAAUUAAAAAGAACAUUGGAGCCUGAGAUAUUUUAUUAUUAAUUUCACCCAGUAUCGCGAACUUACAGCAUGUCUAGUCUAGAUAGUGUACCAACACACAUUGAACAUGUACCUUACGUACCUACUAAAUUUGAAAGUGCACUUAUUUUAUAAGUACGAACGAUGACGCCAUAAUGUUACAACGCUCAUCUAAAGACCAAAUAAUAUAGUUAGAAAUAGAGAAGCUAGGAUGUAGACUAUGUAUAUAACAUAUAAGUGACCUAUUUAAUAAAAAUCAUAUAAUAUAUAUUGCACAAUAUAUAUGUUAUACCCUUUUUAUGUUGGGUAAAAGGAAUUUACGGCUUUAGCGGCAUUCCAAAUUGUUCAGUAUCAUCGUAUUGUUUUAAAACGUAAAAAAUUAUGUUAAUUUAAUUAUUUUAUUGGUUUUUAGUACCACGCAAUAUGUUGAUUUUUACUAUGUAUGUAAAUUUUAUCUAUUUGUUAUAUUUAUUCACGGCAAAGGUGAGCUUUUUAAUAGUUCCUAAAUGUUUCUUGAGAUGUUCAGAAUCGAUCAACUUAAGAAUUUGAUUUGCCUUACCGAAAGCCUGUAAAAAUGAGUUAGGGCUUUAACUAUGGGGCCAGUAAUGCGAAAUUGUAACGGAAAUAAUGUUAAGAACUCGAAGGUAUACGGGCGGUAGUCGUGAGUUAGUAGGAACUACUUUUGGUUUUUUUUUUGUGUAUUUUGUCUCAUUCGUCUAUAUCAAACAGGUCCACAAUGUUUACAAGCUAUUCUGUUAGAAGGCCUUCAAUUGUUUUAAUAUGAUGACGUAUAUAGAUUAACGGUAAAAGGUUUAAUUAAUCAUGACAACAAUGUUCAUACGAACCACUGACCGCAAUAGAACGUUUAAAUAAAAUUAAAAGACGAUUGAAGUCAUUCUUUUUU